UUUUCUUUAUCAUCAUCUUCUUCUUCUUUCUUCUUCAAUUUUCAGGAAUUUUAAAACCUCGAAGCUGUUGAUCCAGUCCCUUCCUUGCUCUUUCUUCUUCCUAAUUUCUUCUGCUAGCUCUUUCUCUGAAACAUCGUUCAUUCAUUUUUAACAUUACUUUUCUUUUGUGUUUCAAACACGUACAGUUCUUACAAUUAUUUUCUCAUCUUAACGUACACUCUUGAAACGUUCAUUCUUUUCUAGCUGCUGAUCCAGUCGCCAUUUUUGACUGAUCUCAUUGCUAUUUACUUGCUCACCCCUUUGCUCCUUUUUGAAGACUCAGUCUGAGGCCACUUCUUCUUUAUUGUUUCAAGCUCUUGCAUUAAUUGCAUGAAAUAUCAACAAAUUUCAAUUCAUUUUCUAGUCGAUUAAUCAUGUCAUCUCUGAUUGCAAGAACUGGGAGACACAGACAAAGAUAUCAAGACCAGCUCAGGCUUGUUUCUGGGUGCAUUCCUUAUAGGUUUCAGAAGAAUGCUAAGGAUCAAAAUUGCGACAUGGAAAAUAAUGUUCUUGUGCUAAUGAUCUCGACGCCAAAUCGCGAUGAUCUUGUGUUUCCCAAGGGUGGAUGGGAGAAAGAUGAGACCAUUGGCGAAGCUGCGUGUCGCGAGGCCUUGGAGGAAGCCGGCGUCAAAGGAUUACUUGGUGAAAAUCCUCUUGGAGUUUGGGAGUUCAGAAGCAAGAGCAAGCAAAAUAGUUGCAGCAAUGAAGGAGGAUGUAGAGGUUAUAUGUUUGUAUUGGAGGUCACUGAAGAGCUUGAGACAUGGCCUGAGCAAGCCAAUCAUGAUAGGAAAUGGCUCUCAGUAGAUGAAGCAUUUAAAUUUUGCCGAUACGAUUGGAUGAGGGAUGCUCUUAAAAAGUUUUUGAUGGCUCUCCCAAGAGACAUGACUCAAGGAACAAGUGAAAUGGUGGGAGAGCUUCCUACACUCCCAGUUUCCGGCUCCGAAUCUGAGCAUAAAAGGUUGUAG